AUGUCGGACAUAAAUAUAAAAUGCCUGGAUCAGAAUCAAUCAAAAGAGAGAGGGGGCAUGACUGAUGUGCUGAGCUCGCCGGCAAUCAAGUCGGGUAAUGUGUUGGCACUUCUGAAUACACUUUACACGUCAGGAUUCGCUUCACCGUCACCAAGCACUCCAAUGCUUAAAGGAAGGACAAUGCACACGCUGUACGCUGUGUCUUUUAUAAUAUAUGUUUCGAAUUGUAUGUGUGAUUGGUUCCACGUAUGGGCAACACUAAAGAGUCUGUUGUUCUUUGAGAAGAAGGUUCUGCUGGUCCCGGUUCUUUGCAUGGAGAAUGCCUUUGCACACCGCCUUGACGUAACGCCCUAUCGUAGUGGAUUCACUUUGAUAUGGGAAGCACUUGUUGACUGGAUACAGGUAACGUAA